AAUGGUAGUAUCCAAUUACAUGAACACUACAGGGACUCGAUAACCCCCGUCUAAUCCAAUUUUGGGCAAAAUUCACCAAUAACCGCCACAACCACCACUAUCUCCCUCCCUCCCUCCCUCUCUCUAUAUCUAUCUCUACAGUCAGCAGCAAUGAUCUUAACUUCAAUCACUCCUCAGUUUCAUAAUCACAAUCUCCGUCAUCAAUUCAUUCACAAGCCGUCAUCAACAACCACCGCCGUCCACUGCCGGAACCCUAACCUUAUCCGUCAAGUUAAUAUCAGCAACACUAACACUAACGGUAACGGAAACCUUUGUGAAGAAGAAGAAGAAAAUGAUGAUGAUGAUGAUCCGGUCAUGGUGACGUCAGCUGCAGCAGUGGCUGCCGCCAUUCGUAAAUCUUCAACAUCUCCAGUGGAAUUCAUUCAGAGGAUUGAACAGCGGAAUAAAUCCUUAGUUCUUCCGAGCUCCGAUUUCCAGUCGCUUUGUGCUCAGCAGUUGGACCUCUUUCGUCAUAUCGUCGAUCCACACGCUGUUUUAUCGGUUUAUGUGAGACCAGCUGGGAGUUAUGUUAUGGAUAUGCUAGAGCUACGUAGAGUCACUGUCUAUCCUGGAAGGAAUGUAGCUGAUGUUUUAGUGGUAAUUGGCAAUUUUAGUGUCCCAGCAGGAUUAAGGGCAGCAGAAGCUUCUCUUUUGAAACAGCAGGCAGAAUUUGUUCCUGAGUUCAGAGCUUUGGUUUUCCCUAUGGUGAAACAUCCUUUUGUUGUGGGAUUUUUGGUUGCUGAACUUCCAAAAUUGGAAUUGCGGAAGGAAGAUGAUGAUGUGAAACAAGGCCCAUCACCUGAGGAAUCUUUUGCUGUCUACCCAUAUGGGGUCUCAAAAUCAUGGGAAAUCCAAAGUUUCGUAGAUAAAACAUUGGAGUUACACAAUUUCUCUGCUGAACAGAGAUUAAAUGCAAUAAGUAUAUCCCGCUCUGUUGCCAUGGCUUAUGUUAUGGACCAGAAAGCAAUGUUACUUCAGCAAUCUUCGUGGCAAAAUAAUGUUAGGAUGAAUAGUUUGGUUGAGCAAAUUCGUGGUCCACUUUCUAGCAUUCGUACUUUAAGCAAAAUGUUAUCAGUCACUAUGAAGAAAAAUGAGGUUUCAUAUGAUAUUGCCGAGGAUAUUAUGGUAUUAGGGGACCAUAUGAAAGAAACUCUUCAACAACUCCAAGAUGCUGUUCAUAUUACCAAGACAAAUAUAGUUCGCUACAAUGAAGAGAACCUGAUGAAAAUAGAUGAGUCAACCCACAAGUCAGUCAGAUCUCAGUUAUCCAAUGUCUUCCCAAAGGACACUUCUAUUGCUACAGGCCACGAUUAUGGUGGACCCUUCUCUCUUUCUUCUAAAUCCAAGGAUCUGGAAAUGCCCAUGCCACCAUUGACUCUUGCACCUUUGCUAGGUCAAAAUAUUAGGUCGUGCAAUGCUUCCGAUAUCCUCUUUGAUCUGGUGGAUGCCCUUAAACCCCUGGCCCAUAAGCAGCAACGUCUCAUACAAAUAGGCGAGCUUCCCGAAUCUUUGGAAGUUGCGGUUGAAGAACCCGCUCUUCGCCAGGCUUUCAGCAAUCUAAUCGAGAAUGCUUUAUUGCGUACGAAUGUAGGAGGAAUGGUUGAGAUUAUGUGCACCUCAGCGCCAGCUGGCGGUGCUCUUAUCAUUAUUGACGAUAAUGGACCUGACAUGCACUACAUGACACAAAUGCAUUCAUUGACACCAUUCGGAGCAGAUCUCUUAUCGAAAGGUAUGAUUGAAGACAACAUGACGUGGAACUUUGUAGCAGGGUUAACUGUUGCGCGGGAGAUAUUGGAAAGUUAUGGCUGUGUACUCAGAGUGAUCUCCCCACGGUGCAUGGAGGCACCACUUGGAGCAGGAGGGACUCGUGUAGAAAUAUGGCUGCCCUCUUUCUCUACUUCGCCUGAUGGUUUAGAUGGCCCUGCUGAGGCGGGAUAAGGCCUGGACUGUGAAUUGCCCAAAAUCCCAUGUAAACUGGUUACAAACUUUACUGAAUGAAAACAUUUUUAUACAUAGAAAAUAGAUGCAUGCUUGUUGUGAUAUGUAUAGAUUAUUGAUGCUGCCACAUUAGGUUUGUUUUUUCCCAAUUUGUAAAGGGAACUGUAUAUAGCAAGCUAGGAUCUCUAGCAACGUGGCAAGAUUAAUAGCUAAGCUGCAAUAUAUGUAAUGAGUUAUGGAAUCUGUAGUAGUUUCAUUGAGCUUCCUAAAUGUAUGUAUACGGGGUAUUCUCAA